AUGGGCUCAAUAUAUCAGUCGACCCGAGUGUUGCGAUCGAUUUCAGGACAAAGCUCGAAGUCCGGAACAAGCUCGCGCAGUGCGAGCUCUGCUAGAAUAAGCGCCCUGGGUGAUAUCACUGCAGCUGCGGAUAGUGGCAUCAAGUGGGAUCCCACCGACGAUGAGCAGAUCAUCAACUCGGCUCUCUUACAAUUCCUCAAAGCGGUUGCCCUUGCCACGCCUAAUUCAAAGGUAGGUUGGUCCAUGAGACGGCUCCGCUACAACGUCGCGUACAACGUCGCAAGUAUGGAGACACGAACGGACGGGUUCUUGGGCGAACUCGGAAGCACAAGCACCCAGGAGGCCUUUUCCAUUUUAGAAGCAAAACCGCGUGUCCUUUCGCGGGAAGGAGAUGGCCGUUCUACAUUUUUUCAAAAGUCCGCUGAAGUGAUUAACUGGAUUAUGGGCGACCAGAAGCAAGGACGAAAAGUGCCAUUGCAAUCUUUAACAACUAGCGAUCACAGCCGGCUUCUUAUAGCCCAGAGCAGACAUGAGAUCUUCCUAGUGAUUGCCACAUACGAUGACGAGUAUGUUAGUUAUUUGAACGGGAAAGGCUCAUCAUCAUCGACAUUCAUGACCAUGCAGCAAUAUGGUCCAUAUAAUAUCAACGAUGCCGGCCAUAUGAAGUACCUGGCAGAGUACUUGGUCGAAUUCUACCUUCAUCUGAGCGAGCCAAUGUCCUGUGGGAGACUCAAUUAA